AUGCAUAAUGUUAUCACAGAGCGUCGCCUUCGCUGGUUAGGGCAUGUUCUCCAUCGUCCACCACAGGAGUUGACGCAUAUCUCGUUACUUGCUAAACCAUGUGAAGGAUGGCGUCAAAAGCGAGGUGGGCCAAUCAAGACCUGUACUGAUACGGUUAGAAAAGAUUUUGAUCGUAUAAGUGGACCAGCAAUACAUGGACUUGAUGGAAAAAGGAAUGGCUUCUAUUACUGUCGACGAUGGCAUCAGAUUGCGCCGCUUGGAUAUGUCUUACCCUUGUAG